GUACAUUAUGAAAGAGAGCGACGCCCAAAAACACACAAACACCCAAAACACAGUCUCCCUGUAAAUCUGUUUAUAUAUGACGAUUCUUUCGUUUUUCUCCAUUGUUUCUUCUUGCCAUGCCUGCUAACUUACGCUCCCCACCAUCCCUACCACAUUCCCCAUGCCAACGGCUAUUUUUCUCAUUCUUGCACUGGUCACCACCGUGCUCUUCUGCGCCACUAUCUCCACCACCGCCAUUACGGCGGAGAUACAAGCUCUAAUAUCCUUCAAAGAAAAUGUACGCGAUCCCCUCGGCGCGUUGGACGCGUGGAAUACGCCUACGCCGGCUGCCCCGUGUGAUUGGCGUGGGGUUUCCUGUAGCGACGGCAGAGUUCGUGAAAUUCUCUUACCUCGGCUUGGUUUAUCUGGCCGGCUGUCUAGCCGGAUAUCUGAGCUGAGCCACUUGCGUAAGCUGAGUCUUCAUACGAAUAACUUCAAUGGCUCGAUUCCGUCGGCUCUGUCACAAUGCUCCCUUCUACGAGUUGUUUAUUUACAGUACAACUACUUCACCGGCGUUUUACCGCCGGCAUUUGGAAACCUAACAAACUUAUUGGUGCUUAAUGUCGCUCAUAACCUUCUCUCCGGCGAAAUUUCCGGCAACCUACCUCCUCAAGUUCGAUACCUCGAUGUUUCUUCCAAUGCAUUGUCAGGAAACAUCCCGGGGAAUCUCUCCGUUGCUUCUGAGAUCCAGCUCAUUAACUUAUCGUUCAAUGCGUUAUCCGGCCAGGUUCCACCGAUCAUCGGCAACUUUCAGAACCUCCAGUACUUAUUCCUCGAUUCGAAUCGGUUAUAUGGUACGCUACCGUCGGCGAUAGCUAACUGUUCGUCGCUGAUUCACUUGAGCGCCGAUAAUAACCAACUCCAGGGGUUAAUUCCAGCAAGCAUCGGCGAACUUCCCAAUCUUCAAGUUCUAUCUCUGUUCGGAAACACGUUAUCAGGUUCAAUUCCCGCUUCUCUAUUAUUGAACACUGAUAAUUCAAUAAGAAUCAUCAAGCUAGGGUUUAAUGCGCUCACGGGUUUAGUCAAACCCCCAAAUUCGACAACAUUCUCAAAAUCUAUACAAGUGCUAGACCUUCACGGGAAUCACAUUAAUGAAACGUUUCCAAUUUGGUUAACAAAUUUACACACACUUACAAGUUUGGAUCUAUCUGGAAAUUCUUUCGUUGGGAAUUUGCCGCCUGAAAUCGGAAAUCUAUUAAAUUUGGAGGAACUCAAGGUGGCUGAUAAUUUGAUUACUGGUGAACUUCCAAAUGAGAUUCGAAAAUGCAGCUCGUUAAAUGUGCUUGAUCUUGAAGGGAAUAGAUUUUCAGGUCUAAUUCCUGAUAUUUUUGGGGAAUUGCAGAGGUUAAAGGUCCUCUCACUUGGAAGAAAUCUUUUCAUUGGGGGGAUACCUUCGAGUAUUGCUGGUCUCUCGGAGCUGGAAACGUUAAAUUUGAGCAACAAUAAGUUAACCGGAGAUUUGGAACAAGAAUUAACACAGCUUCGCAACUUAACUUCUUUGAAUUUAAGCAACAACAACUUUUCUGGAACAUUCCCGAUCCUCGUUGCGGAUUUCCCGGGAUUAAUUGAGUUAAACAUGAGUGGUUGCAGGUUUUCCGGCGAGUUUCCGGCAGCCAUAUCAAAGCUGCGAAGUUUGAGUCUCCUUGAUUUAAGUAAGCAGAGUUUCUCCGGUCAAUUACCGGUUGAUUUUUUUGGGUUGCCAAAUCUGAAAGUCGUUGCUUUGGAAGAAAACAAAUUUUCCGGCGACGUUCCUGAAGGUUUCAGCAGUUUGUCAAGUUUGGAGCAUCUAAAUCUCUCAUCCAAUUCCUUUUCCGGCCAUAUCCCACCGGAGUAUGGCUUCCUUUCAUCUCUCACAUUUCUUUCUCUUUCCAACAAUAGAAUUACUAAUUCCAUUCCACCGGCGUUAGGGAAUUCUUCUAUUCUUCAAGUUCUAGACCUUGGUCGGAAUCUUUUAACAGGUACAAUUCCGGCGACUCUCUCCCAACUUUCUCAUCUGAAAAACCUUGAUCUUAGUCACAACAGAUUAACCGGUGAAAUCCCAGAAAACAUUUCAGAAAUUUCUUCCCUCAAUUCUUUGUUACUAAAUUCAAAUCAUUUUUCCGGCCACAUACCGGAAUCACUCUCGAACCUCUCCAACUUAACAGAAUUAGAUCUCUCUUCCAACAAUCUCACCGGAAAAAUUCCAGCAUCUCUUUCCAUGAUUCCAAACCUAAAACAUUUGAAUCUUUCAAGAAACGAUCUUCAAGGUGAGAUACCGAUGCCAUUAAGUUCUCGAUUUACAGAUCCAUCAGUGUUCGAAUUCAACAAUCGUUUAUGCGGGAAGCCAUUAGCGAAAAACUGCAAGAAAAAAAUUUCUUCAAAAAAGAAGAAACUGAUUCUCCUCAUCUGUUUGGCGGCUGGUGGUGGUUUGUUUUUGUUACUUUCUUGUUGCGGAUAUGUCAUUCUCCUCCUCCGGUGGCGGAGAAAGCUGUCAAAAAUGGGAAAAUCCGGCGAACCGAAGAAACCGAGCCCUGCCCGGGGAAGCUCGGGCAGAGAUCAUAGUAGUGGAGGAGAAAACGGGGCUCCAAAAUUAAUCUUCUUCAAGAAUAGAAUCACGUAUUCCGAUGCCCUCGAAGCAACAAGACAAUUCGAUGAAGAAAAUGUGUUAAGCCGUGGAACAUUCGGGCUUCUUUUCAAAGCCUCGUUUCCCGACGGAACCGUUCUUUCCAUCCGUCGCCUUCCGGACACUUCCGCACCGGAAUCCACAUUCCGGAGAGAAGCGGAAUCACUCGGGAAAGUCAGACACCGGAAUCUGACUGUCCUCCGUGGGUAUUUCGCAAGCCGAUCUGAUAACGUACGGUUACUCGUGUACGACUACAUGCCAAACGGAAACCUAGCCACUUUACUCCAAGAGGCAUCGCAUCAAGAUGGGCAUGUUUUGAAUUGGCCAAUGAGACAUUUAAUCGCGUUAGGAAUCGCUCGAGGAUUAGCUUUUGUGCAUUCCAUUCCGAUGGUUCAUGGAGACAUCAAACCGCAAAAUAUUCUUUUUGAUGCGGAUUUCGAAGCACAUAUUUCCGAUUUUGGGCUUAAUAAGUUAACCGUGGCUACACAGGUCGAACCAUCAACGUCCACGACCGCGAGCCCGAUUGGGACAUUGGGUUAUGUGGCCCCUGAGGCCACAUUAACCGGUGAAACGACGAAAGAGUCUGAUGUCUACAGUUACGGGGUUGUUCUAUUAGAGAUUCUAACAGGUAAAAACCCUGUAAUGUUUAAUCACGAUGAGGACAUCGUGAAGUGGGUGAAGAGACAACUACAACGGGGACAAGUUUCGGAACUUUUGGAACCGGGACUUAUUGAGCUUGACCCGGAGUCAUCUGAGUGGGAGGAGUUUUUGUUAGGUCUAAAGGUCGGCUUAUUGUGUACAACAAAUGAGCCGGCCGAAAGACCUGGAAUGUCGGAUGUUGUGUUUAUGCUGGAAGGGUGUCGGGUCGGACCAGAUAUGCCAUCGUCUGCCGACCCGACUUCUCUUCCUUCACCUAUUUAAAUAAUUAUGUUAUUGAAAUAAAUUUUCACUUUUCUAUUA